AUGCCGGCGAGUUUGCAGAUCGCGCGGCCCAACGAGCGCGUAAGGAAGCAACGCUACAUCGGCGCCAAGAACGUGAGGACCAAAGGAAGUAAUCUGGGUUUGGAGAUCAGCGUGCGCUGCCCCUGCCACACCUUCGGCCUCCACGGCGACGUCGACGACGAGGUCUCGGACGUCAACUUGAAAGCGCCGACGGCACACGCGAACGCCGAGGUGAGCUGCCGCGUCCGCCGGCUGCACGUCGACUUCCGCCGCGACCUGAACCGGAAGUGGAUUCACGAGCCCAGCGGUUACGACGCCAACUACUCCUCCGGGCCCUGCCCCUACCCGAGGAGCUCGGACACGCCGCGCAGCUCGUUGCUGAGCCUGUACAGCACCGUGAACCAGGAGGCGUCGGCGUCGCCGUGCUGCGUCCCCCAAGAACUGGAGCCCCUCACCAUCCUCCACUACUCGGGCCGGACCCCCAAAGUGGAGCAGCUUUCCGACAUGAUCGUCAAGUCUUGCAAAUGCAGCUGAGGGGUGGCCAUUUUGAGGCUGGAGAUGACCCCAGAAAAAAAAAAAAAAAAAAAAAAUCCAAGUGCCGGUAUUCAUCCUGCGCCAAAGCACGGAUUCCUCCGUUCUGGACGCAACAUUAGGUACGCCUGCGUAACGUCACCAGUCGUCCAAACUUCCGUCUCGAAAAAAAAAAAGAGCAGAAUUUGGAUCGGCAAGAAACGCCAGCGUCAGGCCGACCAAUCAUAUUUUCAAGACUUGGGUGCAAUUUCGGGUCAGAGAAAUUAAAUUGACUUUGUUGUACGACAUUCUCCAUUCACUCCGCGACCUGCGUCAUCUUUUUUUCACGAUGUCGGCAAACUCUCUUCAUACUUUGUUGACGUGCGAGGUACAAAAAACGUGUCUGACUUGCAACAUGUUGGCGUUUCUUUGACGUGUCAAGGCCAGAUUUGCUUUGUGGUCGUCGUCGUCUCCUCAAAAGCGGUGCUGACCUCAAAUCCAAAGCCGGCGUCCGUUUGCUCCUUGCAUUGCUUUGCAAACUUGAACUUUGACCCCGCUUAACGCAUUUCUACGUGUGCGGCAAUACAAGGUUCAGCGAUGGAGAUCAUUUGGGGCUUGUUUGAAAUGCAAAAUUUCACGUUAAAAUGUCAAAUUUAUAUAUUUUUUUUCAAAUGUUUACAAAGUGACGUUCCAACUUUGUGUCGCAGACCAGAAUGAGAACGACAUCAUCGCUCAACAACAUUCUGUCCCAUCGAACUUAUCGACGUAAAUCUGUCGCGCCGACGGGCCGAGGCUAACGAGUUCUGACGGGCGGACAAAGAGAAUCGCUUUUUCCUGCGCUGGGCCCGCCCGCGGGUGUUUCCCGUCGCCGGCGAUGAAAGAUGAACUCUGACGCGCCAGAGCAAAUGCGGCAACGCGGCUCUGACACAACGAGGACGCUAGACAAACGCACGCUAGCGCUACCAGGAAGGGGAAAAGCUUUUUGCAAACGCGCCGGCGGGUUUGAAUUCCGUUCGGGCAAACACGCGCGCGAGACAGAAAAAGCCGAGUCGGCCUUCGGCGGCGCCCUCGAGGCCUUUGGGUGCGCUUUCGAACAUCAGCACGCACUUCCCGAAAAUCAAAGAUGGCCGACGCGAGGUCAUCAAAGUGUAAACGUUUCCACCUUUCCCGGCUAAACAAAAGAACGGGAAGACGCUCGCAUCCAAAACAAAAACCAACGCGGCAGUUCAAGGCGACAUUAUAAAAACACGUUAGUCGACCGCCCGUCCCCCCCCCCCGGAGGGGUGUGUGAACAUCUGUUAUGGUGUCUGCCUGGAAAUGUCUCAUCCGAAACAGCCGCCAUGGCCGAUGAUGACCCGCUUCACUCCCGAUGGUUUCCAAGCGGCCGUGAAAAACGGCAACAAAAGAGGCGAGCGGACGUUUGACGGCGGCGAGGAAGAACUUGAAGCAAAAGUUUGGGCUGAAAGGCGAAAUCUUGCUCGCCUCCAACUGCAACAGCAUUCAA